GAGUGGAUCAGAAGGAAGAAGAGGAGGUGGAGGUGGAGAAGAAGGCGGAGGAGGAGAGAAGAGAUCGUGACGGUAGCACCGGCGAAGGCGCUACCGUUCGCCGAAGGUAUUCCGCGACGAGGAGGACCGGAAGCGUGGCGUUCGCGCGAUCGCUCGUACGUACGUGCGUGCGUACGUGCGUGCGUGCGUGCGAGCGAGCGGGCGUGAGCGCGUGGGCGAACGCGCGCUCCACCGUACCAACGCGAACGAGGCCGGACGAAGGAGAGAGGGUAUCGCGGGGGUGGCGGCGUCACCCCGAAGAUCAGGGUUCGAGUCGAGCGGAUCGCACGCGAGGGUACCAGAGGACGCGCGGUCGCCCGCGGUGCGAACCGGUAGCCUCGCCGGUCGAGGGUAGAACGAGCGGAAACGAGGAAAAGACGAAGAAGAGGAGGAAGAGAGAGAGAGAGAAGAGAUAGGGAGAGGGGGAGAGAUCAGUCCGUCACAGACAUGAACGUUACCUCGACGCUGGAGUUCCCCACCAAUGAAACCUUCCACGUCGGCAACGGCUUGGACUGCGUUGAGCCCCCGGAAUACGGGCUAUUGACGCGUGUGUUCAUAGUGGUGUUCGCCGUCAUCCUCAGUUUCAUAACGGUCGUCGGCAACAUAAUGGUCAUGGUAUCGAUCAGGAUCGACAAGCAGCUGCAGACGAUCUCGAACAACUUCCUCUUCAGCCUGGCGGUAGCCGACUUAUCGAUCGGCCUAAUCUCCAUGCCUCUCUUCACGAUGUACACGGUGCUUGGUUACUGGCCGCUCGGGUCCCACGUGUGCGACCUGUGGCUCGCCCUCGACUAUCUCGCGAGCAACGCGUCAGUCCUCAAUCUGCUCAUGAUCAGCUUCGACAGAUACUUCUCCGUCACGCGCCCGCUCACCUACCGGGCCCUGAGAACCAACUGCAGAGCCGCUGUUAUGAUAGGGGCCGCCUGGGGGUUUUCACUUCUUCUUUGGCCGCCCUUUAUCUACCUCUGGCCGCUCAUCGAGGGUCAAAGGACCGUGCCGGAAACCGCGUGUUACAUUCAAUUCAUCGAGACGAAUCAUUACGUCACCUUCAUCACGGCCAUCGCCGCGUUUUAUGUUCCUGUCUGCGUAAUGAUGAUCUUGUAUUGGCGGAUAUGGAAAGAGACGGAGAAACGGCAGAAGGAACUGCCGAACUUGCAAGCCGGGAAGCAAGACGCGAGCAAGCGCAGCAACUCGAGGUGCGAUGAAGCUUUAGAUAUGGAGGAAAGUAAAAGACCGCGAAGCGAGUCGAGCACCGGCGAGGAAGCCUCGCACGCCACGCACAUUGCCGUUUCCUACAUUGAUAAGCACUACCCGCAAUAUAAUGGCCACAGGCCGUUCUCCUGGACCUGGCUAAAGAUGUGGUGCAUCGCGUGGUGGCAAAGCGGAAGAGACGACGAGGACGAGGACGAGGAGAUCGGGGGACCGGAGAGCAGCCGCACUGGGCCCGGCUACGAGGAGACCCUGACGCCGUUGUCGGCCGAGACGCCACUUCCCAGCACGGUGUCGCAAUGUCCCUCCCUCAGCGCGAUUCAGGUCACGGGAGUCACCCUGGAGAAGGGCGCGGCGUUGCACGACUACCGAAGGUCGGCGCGCCCAGCCGAUCUCGCCACGAAGACCAUCACGAGCGAUUCCGUUUAUACGAUUCUGAUCAAGCUGCCGAGCAACGGCGGCAAGUACAGCGAGGGGGCCAGCAUAAAGAUGAUUCACGACGAUUCCAUGUCGAUCCAGAUACACAGCAUGAUGGAGGACAGCGAAGACGACAGCGGUGUCGGUGGCGGUAUCAGCGUUGGCGGCGGCGGCGGUGCUGCCGGCAAGGUCUUUCGCCUCGGCGGCGCAAGCCCGUCUACGGUGAUGAGGAGGCCGUCGCAAAUGCCGGACAUCCGAAUCCCGCUGAACGCGAAAAGCAUACCGAAGGUGGACAAGGCCGUGUUGAACAAGAAGAAGGCGGAGAAGAAAGCGGAGAAAAAGUCGGAGAAGAAGUCGGAGAAGAAGGCCGCCAAGACCCUGAUGGCCAUACUGCUGGCGUUCAUAAUGACGUGGACCCCGUACAACAUCCUGGUCCUCGUGAAGCCCCUCAUCAGCUGCCAGUACUCCAUACCGCGGGAAUUAUGGGACAUGUCUUAUUACCUUUGCUACAUCAACAGUACUGUGAAUCCGAUGUGUUACGCGCUGUGCAACGCGGCCUUCCGCAGAACCUACGUGAGAAUUCUCAAGUGUAAGUGGCGCAGCAGGUACCGUGCCGCGGUCGAUCGGGGAUACUAACACCGGGAGUAUUAGCAUCGGGGCUAACCUUCACAUCACUUUUCUCCCUCCGUUGCUGUUCCCCCCCCACAUCUGAGAAGUCAACGACCGCGCGCGUACACGUAAAAACGUACGCACAUACGCGCACAUACACACACACACAUACACACGAAACAACACUGCAGUAUUAUUAUGACUAUGAUUAUUAUUAUUAUAUCGCUGUUUACUUUUUCCCCUUUUUACGCGUUUCUGAGAGCGCAUGAAACGGAGAAGCGAGGAGACCGGCGGCUGUCGCGACGGUGGGUUUGGCGCUGCCAAACCGUCCUGUUCCUAUCGAUAUCGAGCGGGUACGUCUUCCAGGCUCGCGUAUCGCGCGUGACGAACGUCCGAUCGGCCGCUCGUACUCUCGCUCCAAGGGAGAGAGCCUCUCUCGUCGGUGUUGGCCGGGCGAGAUUAACCCCUCGACGACCGCGUGUCGUUUCAGCGCUGUCUAUAAACGGCUGCAUUUUUCAGCGGGAAUUAAUUAAUUGGCGAUCGCGUUAGAACGAUUCGGUUACCUUCCUCUCUCUCUCUCUCUCUCUCUCUCGACGUAACGUCGGAGUUUAACGCUCUAACGCCGUUAUGCCGCGUUGCAAUUACGUCGGUGUCCAUUAACGCGUAAAAAGAAUUAAUAAUGAAUUGAUGUACCCUUCGUCGGGGGGUUAACGAUUCUGCGACGCGCAGAACGGCGUAAACAAGCGACGUAAUCGUCGGAAUGCGUGUCGGGGCGCUGAGAGACCGCGCGCGGAUUUGUUUGUCUGCAAUAUUUCCGGAUAAUCUCGAAUUUCGACGGUGCGCAUAUCGAUUGUCUAUAUCGGGCCGCGUGAAUUCUUAAUGGGUCAGUGGUUCUUCACCUUUUUUGGGUCGCGAACCUCUCUCGGGGGGGAGCAUUGCGUUUUCUCGAUGACGGUUCUCCGUGCGCGCGCAGCAUCGCGCGAAACACCUGACGUCGCUCGAACGAGGCAACGUUCGUCAAGCUCGUCGACGGUUCACGGAUAGUCAGCGACACUCAAGAAUAUCUGUUGGAUAUAACCGUUGUCUCGCUCGACGGGAAAGCGGAGAAUCGGAGGGAUCGCGCGAAUCUCUCGGCGAAAGGUGACGUUCGCAUCGUCGACGGGGUGCGCGAGCCGGCUGGCGAAACGCUAGUCAAAACGCACUGCAGCUCGGUCUCCGAGCUUCGCAAGUAACGCGACGUGGAUACUGCCAUGAAUAUAACGUUUAUUAAUAUCUCUCCGAGCCACGCGUCGUCGCGCGUGCUCGGAAUUGUAUUACGCCUCCGGUAUACUCGGGACGUAUACCGGUGCCCUUCGCGUUCGCCAUCGUCACCUUCGGUCCUUCAAGCGGCCGGAAACCUCUCUCUUUCUUUCUCUCUCUCUAUCUCUCUCUCUCUCUCUCUCUCUCAUACGGAGGUAGAGGAGAGUAAGCGGUGAGCCGGGUGGACGAUGGCGAAGUUGCGACGAGGGGUUAGAUGAAGGAAAAGAAGCUAAACCGCACAAGAACCUAUUUAAGUAUAUAAAAUAUCGAAAAGAUAACGAUAAUCUUUGUAACGUCGCCCGAACCGCAGGCGAUGUGAACACUCGAUGUAAAUUUUACGACGUAGCGAAGUGUAAAACUGUAAAUGAAUGUGUUUUUAAAUGUAAUAACGAAAAGGUGAGUGAGAGCGAAGCGAACGAAGAGGACGGGGAGUACGGGAGGAUUAUUAGGGGCGAUUAGGAGGAGAGAACAGGAGAGAGAGAGAUUACAUUAAAUCGAAUUCUUCCGUGAACUAAAAAUAACAUUCUAAUUAUACGUGCCAAACGAAGCUUUAAAAGAUUAUACCAAGGUUAUAACACGGCGUGAGAUAGAUAGAUACAGAGAGAGAGAGAGAGAGAAUAUAUGCGUGUACGAAUGAGUGCGUGCGUGCGUGCAUGCGUGUGUGUGUGAAAGAGAGAGAGAGACAUGGAAGCGAGCGCGGAAGGGAGGAAGGUCGUAGAGCAACUUUCGAAGUUAUUGAGAAACGAUACCGAGAAUAUAUAGUUAUGUAAUAAUUAAAGGAAGAAAAGAAAAAUAGAAAAAAAAGAGACAAAAAAACCAGUGAAGUAAAAUAAAAGUAAAAUAAAAAGCUCUGUGUCGAGCGAUACACGACUUUAGCGAUCGGUGAAGGCUCGUAAAGUAAUCAAAGUCAAUCGUACGCGCGCCGACAUGCCUAUAGUGACUCCAAGACUGCGAGGAUAGUGGCUUGAUUUUGAACGCAACAGCUCAUUCGGUGCGAUCACACGGCCGAACGAUAUAUCGCGAUAAUUCGCAAAGCGACGCGUCUACUUCUUUUCUUCGCGAUCGUUACUUGUUUCUCACGGAUCGCCCGCGGAUCCCCGCGAACCCGUCGGUUAAGCGACUAGUCAAACGAUUCUAAUCCGACUCCCCGUCUCUCUUUUCAUUCCCGUGGGGGGGAGGGGCGGGAGAUAGAGUCUCCCGGAUGGACAUAGUGAGUAAUCCGAUGACGUUCUCUCGUCUCUACUUUCGCGUGUCGUCACGCAAUCGUCACUCAAGCGAGAAACAUAAUCGCUGCACAAGUGCGCAGCGACGUUCCUAUGCACGCGUCGGCACGCGUGCGUUUGUAUCUUGUACAAAGUACCCACGCACACUAAACACGCAUUCUCGCACGAUCAAUAUACACAUAUACACGGUGCAGUGUCGCGAAAAGUACUCGUAAAGAUAUACAUAUGCACACACACACACAUACAUACACACACAUAAAAAUACGUAUAUAUAAUACGAGAUUCGCGGGCGCGCGCGUCGCGCAAAAGUCGCGUUGCUCCCUGCUCUCGCUCGCUCGUUCGCGAUAAGCUCGCUCAUCCGCGAUACAUGUAAUUACCGGCAAUUAAUCGCCGGCUAUGUACGCGAAGGAGAGAACGCACGAGCGACAGCACGUGUACACCGGCAAGCGAGGAAGGAGCUCAGACGACCGGUUGACACACAAACGAACCUAGGUACAUCGGGGUGGACGCGACGGACCGUGCGCGAUCGUCACGUAUAUCGGCAAAACGCAAUUAAACGAGUACAAUUAACCGACACAUAUUAUUUCGAUCUGUUGUUCGCGGGCACUUUUGAUACCGGGAUAUCUGCGUCGGCCGAUUUCGAGGGGCCGUUUUUCCCAAGCGAUCGCACUGAUAUACUACGCGCGCACGCUGCUUCCUAAUGCGUGACGCGUACGUAAGGUCGAUGUGUCUAUCUACGUGAUAACGAAUUUAACAGCAUUUUUCUUGCCGUAAAUGUUGAUGACGAUUCUAAACGCGAGAUUCUCGUCGUACGCAUAGAAUAUUACAACACGUAAUCGUAGCUGGUGUUUCAAAACUCGUUCGUUACCGUAAAACCUUAGUACAAGAGCAACGCAAAAAGACAUGUCACGUACGAGGAACCAGUUUUAGAGAGGGGCAGAGAAAGAGAGAGAGAUAUAUAUAUAUAUAUAUCAGUAUUAUUUCUCGCGUCUCCCGGCAGUUUUGAGCGCGGUUUCACCGCAGAACGUAUGACGGAAGGGAAUAGCAGUAGGACUCGGUGAUAUUUUUUUACCUUUAUAGAGAGUUGAUCUCACGCGCGAUUCGAUCUUGCGCAAACCCUAGCGAGUCGCGUCGGAAAAAGGAGAAAAAAACGUCGAAUCUAAAACGCGAAUAAACGCUAUAAAGGGACGACGGACGCGAAUUGUGUGCAUGUGUGUGUGUACAUGUGUGAGCGCGACGGCGCUCGACGUUUUUCGUUGCACGUGAUUUCUUCGUAUCGCGAACACGACGUCGAGAACGUUUCUCGAGAUUCUUCUCUCUCCUUUUUUUUUUCCGAUACUUAAAAAACACACUCUUGUUGUUGAAUUCGCGAUUUCGAGAGCGCGGGCGUCUAGACACACGUGAAAUUCGAAAUGAUGUCGGAGACGUCGUUCGAUACGACGACGCGGGAGCAUUGAGGCGGAAGCAGAUGCUACACACGUAAACUUCGUACCUUUCGAUCUAACUAUUUUGUGAAAAAAGUCGUAACUUCAGGUUCGCAAAAGAGAAAGCGUCCUCCCGUCUCUAUACUUGUAUGCAAAAUCUUUAUUUUCACUUAUUUCAACACCAGAACAUAUCUUCAAAGUUCGGUUUCGCAUUGGAGAUAUACUCUCUGCGUAAAAUACUUUAUUUAUACUUAUUUAUUUUUCGUUAUUUUUAAUAAUAAAAGAUCCGUAACCGCGCGCGUAGAUUAGGACGUGUCGAGGGGUGUGUGUGAGUCGCGACUAAAUUACAGAUCGCGUACGAGAAUUAAUCGAAAACACGAUCAACUUCCUGGUCAGCGUUGGACCCGCGAUCGAGACGUCGAUAAUUGUUUGAAGAUGUUCGUCGCGCGUUAAAACACGAUGAAGAGACGUAUGCGAAAUCGGUGGAAGCUGCUGUUGCUGCCGCCGCUGCUACUAUUGCUAUGCUACCUAACGAUUACAACUGCCUCUCUUUAUUUAUCUAUUUCCGUAGUAUCACGUCGAGACGGUAAAUGUAAAACACGACACACGCAAAGAAACUUUCCUUCGUCGAAUGCGUUAAAAUGUACAAAGCGAAUAUUUCACGUUCGUAUGUUAAACGUAAGAUUUAGGUAUUUUUCAAAGGAAAAUCCUCGACAUAUAUAGCGCAUGUACCUGGGUACCCUCUACGACACUGCACAUUCAUACAUAAUAGUUAUUUAUAUAUAUAUAUAUAUAUAUAUAUAUAUAUAUAUCUACACACAUACAUACAUACAUAUACAUACACUUGAAAUAUACGCGUACGAUGCGUGUAAUUUAUCUCAAACGAAUGUUCUCGCAUAAGCGUAUACCGGAGAUGAACGAAAACGAUGUAAGACUUUUUUUAAUCGUAGAUUAUUGUAAACACCGAUGUAAUCAGUCUAUGUUUAUAUACGUGUUUUAUAUUAAUGAGAAAUUUACGAUUCAAGAAUAUAUAACGCGCCAAAGCAGAAAGAAUGUGUGAGAGAGGGAGAGAAAGGGGGGAUGAAAGUGUGCGAGAAUGUGAGAACGAGUGAGUGGGUGAGUGUGAGCGUGUGUGUGUGUGUGUGUGUGUGAGAAAGAGAGAGAGAGAGAGGGGGGAGAGAGAGAGAGAGAGAAGGAUGCGAAAAAGAUUAAAAACGAGCGUAUAGAGAUUGUGUAAGGCGAUACCGAUAGAAUUUGGAAGAAUAUACUCCGUUGUCUGUGACAAAAUGCA